GGUAUUCAUUCAUCAGGAAGUACAUGUUACAGUAAUCUUACAGCCAGGUACAGCGACGUUACUUUGAGUGUAAAGUUACUGUAGGUGCUUUUGCUUUCUAAGGAUUAUGAUUCUAAGGAGUCUGUUGACAUCUACAGGACUGCGCUGUCAGACCCUGUUCGGGAAGAUGACCAGAAGCAGUGUGCAACGGCAAUUUCCCCCCCACUGGAAAACUCCCGUAGCCAGCAACUGGCUGUCUGGGUUUCAGUUUUACAGCUCCAGUCGACCCCCUCUCCGGAUCCAGGGGCUUGACCACCUGGUCCUCACUGUAAGGAGCAUCGAGGAGACAACAGGCUUUUACUCCAAAGUCUUGGGAAUGGAGGUUGUCACAUUCAAGGGUAAUCGGAAGGCACUCAGUUUUGGAAACCAGAAGUUUAAUCUUCACGAGGCUGGCAAGGAGUUUGAACCAAAAGCCCUCCUUCCAACACCUGGCUCCAUCGACCUGUGUCUUGUUACAGAAACACCAAUUGCUGAAGUCAUAGAGCAUCUUAAGGCUUGUGACGUGACUGUAGAAGAAGGACCUGUUCUCCGAACCGGUGCUGUGGGCCCAAUUUCUUCAGUAUACUUCAGAGACCCAGAUGGGAAUCUUGUUGAGGUAUCUAAUUACCACUCGGAGCCCACAGCUGGUAGAGCAUAGUAAUGCAAAGGGGUCACAUUUACAUGUGUUUUUACCUUUUUCACUCAAUUUAUAUUGUAUAUGCUGUAUGUUUCAUUUUGAUUUCACGUUACUGAUUAAAUAAUUGCACAUUUUGUAAUAUGUUGUACUUUUAAAUGAAUGUGUGAAAACUUACAUCACGGGUCAUGUUAUGCAACAGACCUAAGCUGUGUUAGUUAUCUGCAGUUCACAACAAUCAUGGAAACACACAGGAUUCUCAGUGACCUCACAAGGGGCAUGAUAAUGAGUGUCCUGCAACCAUUCCCUGUAUGGUGUCUGCACUGACCCUUGUGCCCAUCAAGAGAGUCUCCCAGGUAUUACUUGAAUGGCAAAGCUUGCAUAAAACCACCAGUGGCCGCACUGAUUAACACUCCCGUUGUAACUCUAACAAUGCGUAGGACCUUCAUGUUCAUUCACACAUGUUUGGCCAGUCAUUGUUUAUACAUUACAGUAUCUGGAAAGAGUUCGACUUCUGAACAAAAUUGAAUGCAAAGUAAAAUCAAGUGACAAAAUAAAUAAAAUCUGUUGACUUGA